CUGUGACCUCCCCUUUCCCAGCCAGACUCUCACUGCGGCAUCCUCCCUCUCGGCUUGACAGAUGUACCCUCUUGUCCUGUCGCUCCCAUCCUCCGUCCUCCGCCAUCCUCCCAUCCUAGGUAUCCCAGGGCAAUCAGCCUCAGCGGAGAGUGACAGGCCACCGCCGAACUCAAGUCAACGUCGUGCCGUCUCAUCCUGCAACCUCACCCGCUCUUUCGCAGAGCCACCGUCUUUAUUUUAUCGCUUCGCACCAUGUCUUCUUGCGGUGAAUCGCCCCCUCCAAGCAGGAUGGAUCGGUUUUGCCAGCUGCCCCCAGAGCUCCGCGCAGCAGUCGUCGAGCACGUCGUCGACUAUUGGCGCCAUGGCGAUGAGUCCGAUUCCAUCGCCGACUACGCCCUGGUCUGCAAGGAGUGGCAGGCCAUCAUUGAGCGUUUCAACUUUGCCGUCCUCCGAGUCACCCAGGCCAAUCUGGACGACUUCGAGACCGCCAUGGUGGGCUCCCGCCGGGGUAUCGUGAAGCAGAUCAACCUACACGUCGAGCUGCCUGCCUACGACAAUGAUCCCUGCGAAAAGAAGGAGACCUGGGAGGACAAGGCUGAGAACAACGCCUGCUUCACUCGUGCUUUUCACCGUCUCUUCCGCAUCAUGAGCCGCUGGCCCGUCGAGGAGGCCGUCAGCGGCGGUAUUGACUUCACCUUGAGCAUUUCGUCGCCGAGCGACCUUCGUAACGCCAACUUUGAGCUAUGGCAACGACGCAGGUGGAACAUCAAGGACAUCGGCGAGAAGCGCUUUGCCGAUUCCUGGAUAGACUUUGUCGGCCAGGACGAGGAAUUUGACAGGGUCAACCGUUUGCCUGCCGUCAGCGUCAUCAGGUCCUUUACCGUGAGCCCCCAGAACCACCGCGCCUUGAUGCCUGCCGCCCACGCCGACAUUAUCGCGAGACUGCCAGGGUUGCAAGAAGCUCGCUUCGACAUUACCAAGGAUCGCAAGAAAGAGGCACGCAAAAUCCACUUUAACCAAUUCGCCGGGUCCAUGAACAACUGGCCCAUCUCGCUCAAGUCGCUCAUAAUCGCCAGUAACACCAUCUCGUCAUGGCGUCAGAUCCCCCACGAGACUCUGGCCGAGGGCGACAGCGGCGCCAAGCUGUGUGAAAGGCUCCGCUCCGCCGCCCAGCACCUCAAGCACUUGAACAUCACCAACGUCGUGCGGAUUCGCGAGUUUCUCCGCCCCUACUGGCCUCUGGGCAUGGAAGACACGGAGCCCUUCCUAACCAGCCGUCCCUACUAUCCGGAGUUCUGGCACCUUGAGACACUGCAUAUAUCGUAUGGCUCCAUCUGGUACAACACGGAGUGGCACAAGCAGGGCGACAAUAUCAACGAGUCUUCCGAGCUCGUCGAUUUCCGCCAGAACGUCUCGCUCGCCGCUGCUCGAAUGGCGUACCUGAUGCCCCGGCUGAAGCACCUGACCAUCAAGCAGCGGCCCCUCAUGUGGGCGGGCAAGCACGAGCUCGAGUACCGGGUCGAGAAAGAGAAUGGGAAGCCGACCAAAGCUACGCUCAUCUGGACUAGCACGUUCGACUUUAAGCCUUGGGAGCGAACCGUCGAGGCAUGGACCGAAGUGGCGGCCCGGUAUACCGGAUCGAAGCUCGGGUCCCACGUCAGGAAGGCCUCGUGGCUUACGGAUGGAAAAGCGCCUCUGUUGCCGUCUCUAACCUUCUAGUUGAAUGCUUUUUUGGGGGGUUGAUCACAUAUGGGGAUUUUUCCAUUGGUGGAGUUGAACUAUUUCCUCCUCGUGCUGGAGAGUAUUUUUUUUUCUUUCUUUUUUCUUUGGCACGCCCUCUCAUUACACUUGGUUCAUGAUACCCGGGGUCUAGAAUUGCUUCCACAACAUCAGGGCAUUUUUGAAGGGGCGGCAUCAGGAAGGGCAACAGGACAAGUAAAGCGGAGGCUGCUCUAAAUAAGGUGUGUGGUAGACAUCACAUCACAACCGGCGUAUCUUUGGCUUUCAUCCUAGGUAGACAUUUCGAAUGAACGAGACACGAUUCAAAC